AAACCUUGUAACAUUUACCUUUGAACUGGCGCAGGCCGAGCUACUUGAUUGAUCUUCUUCAUAUGAAGAUUUAUUUACAACGAACAUAACAGAAGGGAGCUUAGCCAUCCCCUGUUAGUUGAGAUGGCUCGCAGCGCUUCUUCCGGAGGCGACGAUGCCUUUGAAGGCUUGCUCAAAUCCGAAAAAGCAUUGGUAGAGCAAAGAGCAGCAGCAGAACGAGCUCAGGCACACGAUGCGCAAUCCGAUCAACGAACAUUCGAAUUGUUAUCGCAAAACCAAACACUUCCAGUUUCACUCUCCUCUCUCCAAAUCCAUGGCGCAAAACACACCCGGAAAUCAUUUCUCGACCCCUUAUUCCAACCUUUAGUUGAAGACAGCCGAAAUGUCAACUACACCCUAGCAGAUAUGUUGGAGCAGGUUGGCGGGGCUGUCGAAAAAUUGCAAAAAUUCGACAUUUUCCACCCACAGAUUAUGUUCCACUUGUCCCGUCCACCUCACCUUGACCCCUCUAUAUCUCCAACCGACCUUGACGUGUCCCUCCGAGUGCGCGAAAAAUCUCGACUCCUCCUAAAGACUGGUACCGACCUAGGUAACACAGAAGGUUCAGCAUAUGGGUCUAUGCUAUGGCGCAACAUAUUCGGAGGUGCCGAAUCCCUAUCACUUAAUGCUUCAGCCGGAACGAGAACACGUUCAGCCUACAGCGCCGAAUUCGGUGCCCCAAUACAAAGCAAUCCCAACGUACGCAUUAGCAUCGAAGGUCUGGCAAGCAGUACCCAAAAGCCUUGGGCUAGCCAUGAAGAAGUUCUAAAAGGUGGAGGCGUCAAACUGAAUUGGUUGGAUGACAAUGGAGACCGUCAUCAAUUUGGGUAUUCAGGCAUCUGGAGGCAAUUGACUGGUUUAGCAGCCGAAGCAAGCCCCACUGUUCGAGGUGACGCUGGCGACUCCGCUAAGAGUGCGAUUUCUUACCUAUUUCAAAGGGAACGAAGAGAUAACCCUAUGUUACCACAAAGUGGAUAUCUCGUGAAAGGAUCCACUGAACUUGCCGGGUGGGGACCUUUAAGCGGAGAUGUUGGUUUCUCCAAGAGUGAGUUGGAAGUCGCUGGAGCUGUACCGAUACCGAUACCUGGCAUCCGAGGGUCCUCAGGUGUAUCUAUUGGUGGUGGAUUCAGAGCUGGCUUACUAUACCCUCUACCGUUAUCUUAUGGUCUUCAUGGCGCGUCGCCCAGCCAACUCAAUGACCGAUUUACCUUAGGAGGUCCGACAGAUGUACGAGGUUUCUCCCUAGGUGGUCUCGGGCCUAGAGAUGGUAGUGAUGCACUUGGCGGUGACCUCUUCGCUGCAGGAAGUGUAAACAUGCUUGUGCCUCUUCCACGAGUAGGACCCGAAUCCCCAUUCCGACUUCAAUUUUUCGCCAACGGUGGCAGGCUAGUAGCGAUGAAGAGCAAGAGCAAGAGCAGCGACACUACAUCCAAACAACAUCUAAGUGCUGGUGCAGUAUGGAACAAUAUGAUUUCUGCUACGAAGGAUCUCAGCACAGGGCUACCUAGCAUUGCCGCCGGUGUGGGGCUCGUAUAUGCACAUCCCGUGGCAAGAUUUGAGCUGAAUUUCAGCUUACCAUUAGUAAUGAGACGGGGCGAGGAUGCCCGAAAAGGACUGCAAGUUGGUGUAGGAAUUAAUUUCCUAUAGUAUGGCAGUUUCUUUAGAGACUUUUGAGUUAUUGGAUUUCAAGGUAUCUCGUGUAAAUACCCAACCCGUUCACCUCUCAGUGUAAAUAUGUCUCGAAUAACUGAUGUUUGGUAUGCUAGAAGGAUAUCGAGUUUUGCUCGAUUCUAUUCCGGCGUUGAGGAUCUAUAAGUCAAUAGAAAAGCUAAAUAUUUUACAGGUUCAUAUCAUUAUCCAACAAGCAGUUACGUAGAAAUCUUCAACUAAUGAUUAUACUAUUUUCUUGUGUAGGCCAUUGAAUAAUUUGGCCUCAGUACUGACCAAAGAGGGGCAGAGAUAAGUACACCUACAAGAUAGCGGGGUUCUAUAUGACGUGCUCUGAAUGGGGCUA